AUUAUUAUUCUUUUUAUAUUUUUUAUUUGAAUUUGAUUUUUGAAGUUUAAAAAAUACUAGUUUAGAUUGUAAACACAUUAUAUUUUGUGAUUUUAUUCCCUUUUUUUUUUUAUAUGUAUUUACUACUCACUAGUAGUGCCUUUUUUUAAAAGUUUUUUUCCCAUCGAAAUCUACACAAAAAUAGGAACUUUACAUUGGAAUUUCCACCAGAUGGUUUGGGCCCACACUCUUUAGUCCAUAAAAUUAUGGGGGAACAAAAGUUAUCAUUUCCGCUAUCCUCAAAGUCAAAAAGUCAAACAAUACUACCGGGCACAGAUGGACGGCGGAGGAGCACCAGUGGCGCAUCCGGCAGUACGACCCAUAUCGUUCUUGCUCGGAAAUUGGAAAGGCGAAGGCGAGGGAGGUUUUCCCACCAUAUCCGCUUUCCGAUACGGCGAGGAACUCUGUUUUUCUCACCAUCCCAGCAAGCCCGUCAUGGCUUAUUCCCAGAAGACAUGGAAGCUAGAUUCCGGCGAACCGAUGCACGGCGAGAGCGGUUACUGGAGGCCCAAACCCGACGGUUCGAUCGAAGUCGUUAUAGCUCAGAGCACGGGUCUGGUGGAAGUUCAAAAGGGGACAUUCGAUUCGGAAGAGAAGAUCGUGAGGCUUAAAAGCACGGUGGUCGGAAACGCAUCUAAGGUGAAGGAGAUAAAUCGGGAAUUUAAGGUUGAUGAUGACGGUGGAGAAUUAUCGUACGUGGUUGAAAUGGCUACUAAUAACGUCACGCCUUCACAACCGCAUCUCAAGGCUUCCCUCAAGAAGAUCUGAUUCAAUCAUCUGAAAUCCUGAAUCUUUAAUGGAGUAGUAGUUAAUAAUUUCUGACUACGAAAAGAUUUUCAUUUUAUGGAAUAAAUUUUGUAUUUGUGCCCUUCCGUGGUGUUACAUCUUAGCCAAUGAUCUAUCAUUAUAUGUACCAUUUGCACUUUGUAAUAUGCCCCAAAGUUUUCUGUUUCCAUUUCAUUUUGACGAUAAAUCCAUUCAUAUUAGUAUGUGGAAAACACUUGGAUUUAUUGAUUUAAAGCUAACUAAGCGAUUUAAACUCUUGAAACGCGGUUAAAAUAAAUAUUCUUUUUGUCUUAAAAUAAUUGUAUUAAAAUUAUAAUAAUUUAAUAAAAGUG